AUGAAUAAUGAAAAUGGACAACCAUACAAAAAAUGGUUCAAAAUUCUUUUCUAUGCCUUUCAUAAUAACGAAACAGCAAUUGAAUUUCCAAUUGAUGAUGAUAAUCCACCAGACGAUUUUAUAAAAAUCAUUAACAAAAAUGAAAAAAGACUUAUCAAAAUUUCAUCAUGUACCUCAAGUCCUGUCGUAUGGUAUUGGUUUAAAGAUGAUGAACCCGAAAUAAUUGAUCAGGCAAUUGAAUAUAUUGAUAGAAAUUUUGAAAUCGAUCAAAAUAUUGAUUCCUUAGAUAAGUCUGAGAGAGAAAAAUUUCGUUCAUCAAAAUCCUUCUUUAGUAGGGAACAGAAAAUGCAGAAAAAAUUGAUUGAUAAACUUGGUAAUUCUAAUUCAAUUUUUCCUGGGUUUCAUUACCUUUUUAAAUAUGAAUGGAUUCCUGCUGACUCAGAUGGAAAGAAUGACAUGAUUCUUACAAAUGGUAAAGGCAUAUUUGCUAUCGUAGAAACAAAAAGAGUUCGGAAUAUCAUGAAAGGUGAUAGAAAAUACAAGAUAAGUUACGUCAUUCACCAAGCUGGCCGUUAUAAGCAAAAAUUUAUUGAGGAAUGUAAUGGCUUUUAUAGAGCUGAAGAUGGUAAAUUGUUUGAUGUCAUUGCGGUUAUUGGAAUAGGAAUUACUGAGGAUAAUGAAAGAAGAUGUUUUAGGCCUUUUGAUGAACAAGUUUGUAAAAUUCUUGAUCGAAUAUACCCUGGGAAUGAUGGUAUAAAACCUGCCAAAUAUGGAUUAUUAGCUAACUUGUCAAAGUUGAGUAUAAAUACUAUUCAAGAUGAUUCAUCCUGA